UACAGGAAGUAGAGCCGGCUGGUGGAAACCAGUGGAAGCUUCCCAGCAGCGGUCAGUCAGCAGUCUUCAGUCUACAUCUGAGUUUUACAGCACAUCAGGAACACACAGCUGUUUAAACUCUGUGUAAAGAGUGUUUACGGAAUACAGUGGAGAUGGACGGCGGCUUCGGAAAUGACGAUCUGUUUGAUAAUAUUCUUCUGGCGGAUGAAAAGUUCAGAGGGGAGGGCUACCGUGAGGGGUUUGAGAAAGGGACCCGCCGAGGACUGCAGGAUGGACGCAGACAUGGAGCCUCUCACGGGGCCAAACUGUCCACUGAGAUUUCCUUCUACUAUGGGUUCGCCAUCACGUGGAAAUGUCUCCUCCAACAUAAUACAGAUGUCAAAUCAAGGAAGCGUAUGAAGGCGCUGGAGGCUCUGCUGGGUUUGAUCCAGAACUCCCCUCAUGAUGAUCCUCAGUCUCCACAGCUACAGGAGUCCAUGGACAAACUUCGUGCCAAGUUCAGACAGGUCUGCUCCAUGCUCAGUGUCCCGGCUGACUUCAACGAUUACGUCAAAACUUCUGAAGGGACCUCUUUCUGAGUCACUCCUGAUGAUGAGGAGGUGCUGAGCCGACCUCUGUGUCCUGUACAUGGCAGAGGGAAGUUGAGCUGCAGUCAGCCGACAGUCCUGGAGACAGUCUCCCCGGCGGCUGGGAUCGGUCUGCAGUGGAUUCAUUCAGGGUUUGGAGUGUGAAGCAGUCUUCUUUGAGUCUUUACCCUUGCUGUCUGGUGGGAAUCUGCAGUCCUCAUUAAAGUGGAUAAUCUGAGGAGACAACUGCAGUCAGUCUUUACUGUUGAAACUGCAGGGUGUGGAACUGAGUCCCAGUAAGACUUCAGAGACUGGGAACAGGAGAAAGACACUGUUUCUUGCUUGACUGUGGAAAUGAGUGGAUUUGUUGCAGUGAUGUUGAAACAACUGAACUGAAAAUCAGAAAUGUAAUAAACAGACUGUUAAAGACAAUGAUCAGGGUUUUGUUUUCAAGAAUGCUCAACAGAACAAAGAUGCCUUCAGAUAAAAUAGAAACACAGUUUGCUCUUUGGUGUCUGAAGUGUGUGUAUUCUUUGUGAGGUUUAACCAAACUGCAGUGACUGAAAUAAUGAAACAACUUGUGCCAAAUACCUUUACUCAUGUGCUCCAGUUAUCUUCAGUGUCUGCUGCUCUGUGCUCCACCACACUUCAGUUUGGAGGCUGCAUUUUGUGGUGCUGUUGCAGCUGUGUUGUGUUCAGUACGGUCAGUGUUGUGUUCAGGGACGUAUUCCAGAGGGGGUUUAGUGACAGUAAAUCCUGAGAUGAGGGAAACUCUGGGUUUUCAGUUCCAGAAACAGACGCAUCUCCAACUCGGUUACUGCGGUAACUGACUCUGUGAACCUAACCUAACCUUUUCUUCAGCACACCCUGAGUUUCUCUGCGUCUCCUCUCUCUGACAGAGGCAGACAUGCUGUCUCAUUACCUCACUGGCUCAGUCUGUGCCAAAACGUGCAUCGAAGUGUAUUCAUUUAUUUUUAUUGUCUGUCAGAAUCAAAUCCAGGUUGGAUAUUAGUUUGUUACUCAGGACGAUGUAAAGUUUCUAUGUGCUGUCGGUCAUUUCUUUGAACAGUGUUUUUGCCCUCACAUUAAAUAUCACAACAUUAAGAUGCCUUCAGCUCAGAAGAAAACCUUUUUUAUUAUAACACUGUGACACUGCGCACACGACAGCUGUUUGUUUGGUAGAGAAGUCCCACUAAGAUGGUUAAUGCACAUAAUGUGGAAUCUUUGUGCUUAACCUUUGUGCACUGCUGAGAGAAAACUUAUUUUUUUCUGCUAAGAAGAAACUUCCUACAUUAUCAUUAUGACCACAAACUUGUCAAAGGACCAUGUGUGUCAAUUUAUUUUUGGACAUUUUUGAUCUAUAUCUCCAGGGUUUUUUGUUUCCAUCAAAAUGUUUUUAAUUAAUUUCAAAUCAUUUAAUCAAAUAUUAACCCUUUACAUGUCAGCUUGUAUCAUACACCACUAAUUUGCAUUUGUUAAAAAAAUAUAUUGAAACAUUUUCAACAUACUAACAGGUGAUGAGAUUAUUCUGCUGUUAUUAUUCCAGUCUGAUAAGAGUCAGUCAUAACCCACAAUACUGAUUUUAGUGCAUUAUUUUUUGCCUGGUGCAAUGUCAGGUUUGAAUAAAAGUCCUUUAAUUUCCUCCCAUGACAAAAAAUAUGUCAUACCACCCUCCCCCUGGAAAGAUCCUGAAUUUUUGAUCAGUUCCUACUUUUUAUUAAAUAGUUAGUUAAUUAAAUUGAUCACAGGAUCAAUGAACAAUGAUUACUUACCUGUGAUGUGAUUGGUGGCAUAAUACCUUUCAUAUUUGAGACUCUAUAUUUUUGAGUGAGCAGGAUGGUGGUGCAGAAUCAAAGUGAGCUUUUAAAAAGAGUGUGUCUCGUCUGAAUGCGCUUUAACAGACUUUCAGUGGCCCAGUGUCUGUGAAUAAAGCAACUGAAUCCAGUCGAGCCAAAGAUUCAAAUAGAAGUCAAAAAAGCAGAAUCUACUGUAUUUUAACCUCAACGCCUUUUCAAGUGCAAAAUAUCCACCACAUUAUUACUGGAUCACAUUGUGACCUUACGUUCACUUUGAUGUAGAUACAUUUUUCAUCUUCAGUUGCUGCCCCACUGUUAGUGCUGCAUUCAGUGCACUGCAGUCACAGUUAUAUCGACGGUUUGAAACAGUUUCAGAGGUUAAAACUACAGUCUCAUUAUUUACAGUGAGUUCAUGAAAACACUGACAUGAACUGCUCUGACAGGUGUGAUUAGGUAAAGCUCAACAUGAAAGGGCAGAAAAAUGGACAUUUGGAGAAAGUAAAUUCUGAGUGACAGAAACCU